AUGCCAACGCAACAUAUUGCUUUGGCAUUAUUUUUAGUCCUUUUGGCGAUAGGAGCGAUUAUUAUCAUCAGUAUAUUGAUUGUGGUUAAAAGGCGUAUAGCUCGACGAAAAAGCCGUAUAGGACGAACCACUUACACCCCAUGUGGGCAAGGUUUACCAAAGGUAUGGAAAUCGAAUAUUGAGAAGAAAAUCAACGCAACCAUAAAAGUACGAACUGAACCUCAAGUGUUUGGUCCACACUAUGUAGAGAAUUACAAUAUGUACAUCUCUAAUGGUGAAGUGACUUUUCUGCAUCGUGCUAAAACACUCGAUCAAUUCCUGGUGUUAAAACAGGCUAUUCUAUCAGUCGAUCCAACAUUAGAAGCUCCACCACUAAGGGAUAUACGUGAUUUUUUACUAACAGCACGUCAUCAUGUUAUGAAUCCACCACCAUCUCGUGAUCGUAUUGAAGAAUAUUGUCAAUUGUAUUUAUGGGCAAGACAUGACUUAAAUCCUUUUGGCGAGUCAGAAUAUACACGAUUUUGUGAAUUACAAUCCAUUUUAUUAGAAAUGGUUAAUUAUCCGGGAUCAUCGCCUACAUACUGCGUUACAAGCAGUGCCAUUGCAACUGAGCAUUCACAGCCUCGUAUUGUUGUUCCUAGCACUUCUACAACCGUGACUACAUUGACUACGAUUUCAGCGUCAUUGUCAUCACCGUCAUCACUACAACGGACUAGUGUUCAACAGUCACGUCCAACACGUGUCAAAGUGUUAUCUAGAACAGGCCAGGGUAGUAGUAGCAGUGGUGGUGGUAGUGGCCUGAACUUGAAGCGAUUAUCACAUUCAGCACAUCGUAAAAAGCAUGGGUUGCUUGUUUCCCCACCAGAUAAUGAAACCUCAACUAUUUUACAAUCGAAUGAUCCUAGUCAUGUGUUCACUAACGAUAUUAUUGGUGAACUAGAUUCGAAUGCAGAUUUAUUAUUGGUGAGUAAAGGGGAUAUCAAUGGAACUAGUAUAUUACGUCGUCGGGAUAGUUGUCAAAGUGAUGGUUCACAAACUGCACUUAUUGACUUGGAGCCUGUUAUCGCAAGUCCUAAAUCAUCGAUCCAAUCAUCUCGACCGAUAAUAAAGCACACUGAUUCAUAUAAUCAACCGGAUUCAAGAAGUUCAAUUCGAUAUAAUAAAGGUAUGGAAAACGAAGGAGUGAAUUGUUGA